AUGGGGGUGAAGAUAGCAAAUGAUGCUCUAAUAAAUCCUGUGCCCGCUGUAGAAAAGGGUAUUUCGGAAGAGGAGGAUAUGAAUGUAAUGAAGUACAUGAGAGGUGAAGCUGCUAAUUUAGAGGUUUUACAAGAUAAAAAAUUGAAGGGUCAGCUAGCUGUGAGGGAAGAUUUGUAUGGAAAAUCUGCAAAAGCUGCUGCCAAAGCUGAGAAGUGGCUUAUGCCCAGUGAAGGAGGUUAUUUGGAAGCAGAAGGUAUUGAGAGAACAUGGAAUAUUAAGCAGGAAGCCAUUGCUCGUGAAGUGGACAUCCUGGGUUCAAGAAACCAAUAUGACAUAAUCUUGCCAGAUCUCGGCCCAUACUCCCUCGAUUUCACCCCCAGUGGUCGUUAUGUGACAGUAGCUGGACGAAAGGGUCAUAUGGCCAUUCUAGACAUGAAAAAUAUGAACCUUAUUAAAGAAUUUCAGGUUAGGGAAACUGUGCGUGAUGUGGUGUUCUUGCAUAAUGAGAUGUUUUUUGCUGCUGCCCAAAAGAAGUACACAUAUAUAUAUGACCGCAAUGGUACAGAACUGCAUUGCUUGAAGGAACAUGGUUCUGUACUGAAGCUUCAGUUUCUGAACAAACAUUUCCUCUUGGCAUCGAUAAACAAAUUUGGGCAGCUCCAUUAUCAAGAUGUUACCACAGGGGAGAUGAUAGGCAAUUUCCGAACUGGGUUAGGUCGGUCCGAUGUAAUGCAGGUAAAUCCCAUCAAUAGUGUAGUUGCUGUUGGCCAUUCUGGUGGCGCAGUGAGCAUGUGGAAGCCUACCAGUUCUGCUCCCCUUGUCAAGAUGUUCUGUCAUCACGGGCCUGUUACAGCUUUGGCAUUUCAUUCCAAUGGCCAUCUCAUGGCAACAGCUGGUAUGGAGAGGAAGAUAAAGCUUUGGGACUUGAGGAAGUUUGAGGUAUUAAGAGAUUUAUCGGGAUCUCAGAAUUAUAGCCGCUAUAUGAGCCAUUCCAUCGCUAAAGGGUACCAAAUACAAAAGUUGGCAUUCAGACCCUAUGAAGAUGUUUUGGGCAUUGGGCACUCGAUGGGUUGGUCGUCAAUCUUGAUUCCUGGAUCCAGAGAAGCCAACUUUGACUCUUGGGUGGCAAACCCGUUUGAAACUUCUAAACAGAGGAAAGAGAGGGAGGUGCAUUCUCUUCUUGACAAACUCCCUCCAGAGACGAUCAUGUUGAACCCAACGAAGAUUGGUUCAGUGAAGCCUACAAGAAAGAAAGAAAGACCGGCUAAACAGGAGAUAAGAGGCAGAAUUGGAAGCAAGGUGGCAAAGAAGAAGAAAGAAGCAGUAGAGAAAGCUAAGAAGCCUUUCUUGGAACAAGCAGCUAAAGGGGAUGGGUUAUCGAAAAAGAAAAGGAAGAACAUGGAAGAGGAAAGUCACCUGCCUGGAUCUCUUCAGAGGUUUGCUCGGAAGAGACGAGCUAAUUGA